CUCGGGGGGGGAGGAGCUGCUACACGACAGUACAACAAACACCGUGUAAACAACACACAACUUCCUUCGUUUGAAAGUGAUUUUCCUCUGAGAUGAAUGCUCUGUGAAGUGGUUGAAACUGGCUCAACACGGAGAAGGAGCAUGAGUACAGGCAAGUGUUGGACUCAAUUUUAACUCGGAUAAGCAGAUGCAAGAGAACUGAGCAGACUGAAGAUGAUUGGUCAUGAGGAGGAAGUGGAGGACAGAGCAGAGUCUACAGUGUUCAGCUGUGUUUCUUUCAAGAGUGACAUGUCCAAACGUCGUCCUCCAGACUUCAGUAAUGAACCUGGACCCUCACACUCAAAACUGAAGAUUAGUGGUCAUGAGGAGGAAUUGGAGGACAGAGCAGAGUCUCUAGUGUUCAGCUGUGUGUCUCUGAAGAGUGACAUGUCCAAACGUCGUCCUCCAGACUUCAGUAAUGAUUCUGGACCCUCACACACAAAAGAGAGGACGAUGAUUCAUGUUUCUGAGGAGGAGCAGUCAUCCUGCUGUGCUUCGUGUCAGGACGUCCUGAAGGAUCCAGUCUCCACCAGCUGUGGACACUGGUUCUGCAGACAGUGCAUCACCCCAUACUGGGACCAGUGUGGUUCUUCAGGAGACUCCUCCUGUCCCCAGUGUGGACAGGGAUCCAGAACAGGAGCUGGAGCAGAUCGUGGUCUGCAGGAGGUUUUAGAUGAUCAUAAGCUCAGUCUGAGGAGGAGAUGUGAACAUGUGACUGAAGGAACUGAUGAAAGAGGAAGUACAACCCUCCUCAACAGGAUCUACACUGAACUCUACAUCACAGAGGGACAGAGUGAAGAGUUUAAUACUCAACAUGAGGUGAGGCAGCUUGAGACGGCGUCCAAGAUGAAGAGCCUCCACGACACUCCCAUCAAGUGCCACGACAUCUUUAAAGCCUCCACUGACCAGCAGAGACACAUCAGAGUCGUCCUGACCAACGGCGUCGCUGGCGUUGGAAAAACCUUCUUGGUGCAGAAGUUCACUCUGGACUGGGCAGAUGGUUUAGAAAACCAAGAUGUCCGUCUGCUGAUUGUGCUUUCGUUCAGGGAGCUGAACCUGGUGAAAGACGAGCAGUACAGUCUUCUCAAGCUGCUCCGUGUUUUCCAUCCUACAUUACAGAAGGUCACGGCAGGGACACUCGCUGUCUGUAAACCUAUGUUCAUCUUUGACGGCUUGGAUGAAAGCAGACUUUCUCUGGACUUCAACAACAGGAAGUUUGUGUCUGAUGUCAGAAAGCGCUCAUCAGUCAACGUGCUACUGACAAGCCUCAUCAAGGGGAAUCUGCUUCCCUCGGCUCUUGUCUGGAUAACCUCCCGACCUGCGGCAGCCAAUCGGAUCCCUCCUAUAUGUGUCGACAGGGUAACAGAAGUACGAGGCUUCACUGACCCCCAGAAGGAGGCGUACUUCAAGAAGAGAUUCAGCAAUGAAGAGCUGGGCAGCAGAAUCAUGUCACACAUCAAGGCGUCCAGAAGCCUCCACAUCAUGUGUCAAAUACCAGUCUUCUGCUGGAUUAGUGCUACAGUUCUGGAGCACAUGUGGACCACAGACCUGAGAGGAGAGCUGCCCAAGACCCUGACUGACCUGUACUCACACUUCCUGCUGGUUCAGAUAAAGAGGAAGAACAACAAGUACGGUGAGGGACAUGAGACGACUCCACAGCAGCUGACGGAGGCGGACAGGGACGUUCUCCUGAAGUUGGGGAGGCUGGCAUUUGAACAUCUUGAGGAAGGAAAGAUUAUGUUCUAUCAAGAAGACCUGGAGCGGUGUGGCCUUAAUGUUACAGAUGCCUCGGUGUACUCAGGAGUUUGUACUCAGAUCUUCAGAAGAGAGUGUGUGAUCUUCCAGAAAUCAGUCUACUGCUUUGUUCAUCUGAGUGUUCAGGAGUUUUUAGCUGCAGUCUACAUGUUCCACUGUUACACCCAGAUGAACACAGAAGUCAUUGACAGCUUCCUUGGAGAGGACUUACAAUCCCGGGAGUCAAAGCUGAACCGUCUUGGCUGUUACUUUUUAAAGUUUAUCCGACCGACUGAUUUCUCUGACCCUCUGGUUAUCCUCCUGAAGAGAACCAUGGAGAAAUCCCUCACCAGUGAAAAUGGUCAUCUGGACCUGUUUGUCCGCUUCCUUCACGGCCUCAGUCUGGAGUCCAACCAGAGAGUCUUAGGAGGCCUGCUGGGUCGGACAGAGAACAAUCCAAACAUCAUCCAGAGAGUCAUCGAUAACCUGAAGGAGAUGAAGAAUGAUAAAACUUCUCCUGACAGGAGCAUCAACAUCUUCCACUGUCUGACUGAGAUGAAUGACCACUCAGUUCAUCAGCAGAUGCAACAGUUCCUGACGUCAGAGAACACAUCAAAGGAGAAACUCUCUGAGAUCCACUGCUCAGCUCUGGCCUACAUGCUGCAGAUGUCAGAGGAGGUUCUGUAUGAGUUGGACCUGAAGAAGUUCUACACAUCAGACCAGGGUCGACAGAGACUUAUCCCAGCUGUGAGGAACUACAGGAAGGCUCUACUAGCUGGUUGUCGACUCUCAGAGACUCACUGUGAAGUUGUGGCCUCAGCUCUGAAGACAAACCCCUCACAUCUGAGGGAACUGGAUCUGAGUCGAAACGACCUGAAGGAUUCAGGAGUGAAGCUGCUGUGUUCUGGACUGGAGAGUCCAAACUGUCGACUGGAGACUCUAAGGUUGAGUCACUGCAGUCUGUCAGAGAUCAGCUGUUCUUCUCUGGCUUCAGCUCUGAGGUCAAACCACUCUCAUCUGACAGAGCUGGAUCUGAGUGGCAACGACCUGGAGGACUCAGGAGUAAAGGAGCUGUGUGGUUCUCUACAAAGUCCGACCUGUCGACUGGAGACUCUGAAGUUGAAUGGCUGCAGACUGUCAGAGGUCAGCUGUUCUUCUCUGACUUCAGCUCUGAGGUCAAACUCCUUUCAUCUGAGAAAAUUGGAUCUGAGAUACAACGACCUCCAGGACUCAGGAGUGAAGGAGCUGCUUGAGCUGGAGCAGAGUUCAGACUGUCGACUGGAGACUGUGAGAUGGCAGCCGCGCUCUUUGUGAAGGUGAAUGUGAAGAGGAAAGUGCGUGUGGACAGAGGCUGAGCUGUGUCCUGAUGAUCCACAGAGGCUGGAGCAGCAGCAGCAGCCUGUGUGUAGAGCGGUCCUGACUUGUUGCUGGGAGGCAGAGGGGAGAAAGAGGUCCGGAGGAGGUGAGCUGCUCUGACAUCAGCCAGGGAGUCCAUCCUCCCUGUGUGUUCCUGUGGAUGUGACGAAGCAUCAUCACUGUAUCUGCUCUGCUGCUCCGUCCUAUGACUCAGAUCUGAAGAUCAACACUUCUAAAUUGAUUUUGAGUGAAUUUGCAACAUCUUUUUCGACCUGUUCCUCAAUUCAUGAUCUUUACCGCUUGUCCUCUUGAGGGUAUCGGGCUGGAACUGGAGUGAGAGUUGUAUUGCGCCUUGGACGGGUCACCAGUCCAUCACGGGGCUGACAAAAAAACAUUCCCACUCACAUUAACACCUACGCUUAAUUUAGAGUCUCCAAUUUACCCAACCGCUAAUCUGCAUGUGUGUCUGUGAGAUGAAGCCGGAGUACCUGGAGGAAACACCGGCGGGGGGGUAACCUUCAAACUCCACCCAGAAAGACCCCAUCUGAACUUCAUCACUAGUUGCUGUAGUCGUAUGCCUUGUAAAUAUUGCCCAAUUCUGGGUUUGUAUUUAAUGCACUUUAAACAAAUAUUAAAAUUUUGCACAUAAACAUAGUCAUAUAUAUAAUAAUAAUAAUAAUAUUUGUCCGAAAGUGGUUCGAUAGGGGCCCUCAAAUUUCCUACCCCUUUACUUUCGCCUAGAGUAGAAGAAGAAAAUAAGUACUUUGCCACCCAUGUGUAUAGUGCCCAAAAAGUAUUGUCACUUUAUGCCACACCCAACAGGAAAUCUGCCAUUUUGGAUUGAAAAUUAAAUUUGGCUUGAUUUUUGGCGUUUGGACACCUGCUACGAAAUUGUAUGGUGCCCACUGAGUUUAGUUUAUGUUGCAUGGUCCCCACUGAGAGUAUCUGUCCAAUCAGCACUGAAAUUGUCACAUAGGAGAAUGAUCUCCGUGACAGUUGAUCUCAAUUUAAAGAUUGUCAAUGUAUGAAAUUCCUCUCUUUAUGAAGAUGUUUUAUUCCAAAGCCUUUAGAUUCAGGAAGUCCAUCUUAUGAAAGUGGCCUUUCUCAAAGCACUUGUAUUUAUCUUAUUUUUCGGCUUAUUUACGCUCACUUUCUCAACCAAAUGUUUAUUUUAAGGGAGACGUCCCACUUUAGUGAAUGUCUACUUAUAAGACCUGUUGUGCUUUUUUCAUGUCACGAAGUGGUAGUUUUUAGAUCAGGUUCUUUACCAAAUAUUUUCACGAAAUUCAAAUUGGGGAUACAUUGUUUGAACCUUUAUGAAAGCUGGAAGAUUAUUUGUUUCUGAAUCAUCAUUUACCAUACAUGUAUUGUAUUUCUUUGUCACUGUGUGGUCACCUGAUGGCGUGGACCAUGAUGAUUAGCGAGCUGGGUCCAGUGCCGCCUGACGGACCCAACAAGUGACAUUUUCUCCUUUUGUUAAGCAAUUUGUAGCUUUGUUAAGAAAGAUUUUAUACAAAUAACACUUUAUUUCUCAUGUUUUGUAUACUUCCAAAAUGUUUCUAUUCCAAUCUAUGAAUAAAUGGCUGUGUGUGUGUGUAGAAUUGAAACACAGAUAAAAUCAAACUUCUAGAAAUUGCAGAUAAGUUGUGAGUUUACACAGGAAAACAUGAUUAAAUUGUUUAAUACAAAUACAAGA